AUGGAAGGUGUUCACGCUGGGCGUGGGGGAGGAGCGAGUCCCCCUGUUUAUCCCGCCACACUGCAGUCGCUGCGGCACCCGCGCCUCCUGCCCCGCAGCAUUCCACCGUCUUUCACGCUGCAGAGUCAACUGCUGGGUGCAGAGUUUUGCGCCUCCCUAUCAGCGGCGAUGGUGAAUGUGAUGCGGGGGGUUCGCACUGCUGCCGCUGCAUCAUCAUCAUCAUCAUCGCCGUCGUCGUCGUCGUCAGUAGUAUCGCCCACGACGGCAAUGCUGCUGCAUGAUCUUUCGGCACACUACGGUUCACACGCGCUGCGCCGGGCGGCGAGCUACCCGCUGGGGCCGUGCUACACAAGCCGGCGGCGACGGCUGUCAAAAGGGCACCACGACGGAAGGCGGCAGCUGUGGUCAAUGCGUGCAGCGCACCGGUUGUGGUGCCGACGCUGCGGCGUGUACCUUGUUGCGGGCGAGACCAAGCAGCUUCUUGCCAGAACAGCUCCUUGCGCUGCGCGUCUUCCUGAUGACGAGGAGGGCACGACGCCUGCUAGUGAGAAACACCCACCAAGAAAGGCUGUAUCAACACGAGGAACGUAUGUGUGCUGUCGAUGUCUCAAGAAGGAGUUGGCUCUGUGGGAGAAGAGUGGGUGCGUGACCACGUCUCCUUUACCUACUCCUNUACCCAGUGCUGAAACAGUAGUAGAGGGAGAAGUACCGGCUACUUCAGGCCCACGGAACGAAUAUCCUUUGGUGGCUGCACUGUCUACUGUCCGCGUAGGGCGCACUCGCAGACGGAAACGCACGCGACGUGUAGGUGACGUGACAGCAGUUGCACAGCCCAAACAGCUGCUUUCCGCUGUGGCAGCGACGGGGAAUGAGCCCGCCACGUUGAAGGCAGCUGUCCGUGCCGUUCCCAAAGGCUCCUUGUCGCGCGGGAAGAGGGGGCGCACAGAAACACCUGCAACUCGGGCUCAUGCCGCAGAAGGGAGGAGAAUCGAUGAAACCGUUGGCCUCCGAGGAGGCAACAACCAUCCUGCACCACUGCGGAAGGUGGCACGGGUGGAAGGAAGUAUCACAGCGCCGGUACGCCCAUUACAUGCAGCCGCGUCAUCAGCAAUAUCAUUGACUGCGGCAACAACAACAACAACAACAACAACAAAAGCGGCAGCUCUGAAAGAGGUGCAGGCGCCCAUUGAGGUACAACGGCUACCACGAAGAGGAGGCCGUCCUGCGGGAAGAAAAGACAAAAAUGCAGGUGGUGCGCCUUCAGCGAAUUCAUUUGCUGACACUAUGUCGAGGCUCGGUUUGUAG